CAAGGUAUUAUACAGUAAGUACAUGUAAUGUUCUAUUACACUCUAGAAACUCUAUAACUCUAUUACAGUAUAUUUAUUUUUAAUUUUUAUUUAACUUACAAUUUACAAAUGGGUCACAGUUUAAUACGUUUUGCAUAAAACUUCAUCUAUUUCUUCAUCAUCUCUGAUACAGCUGUGUGAGUGAUAUCUGGUCUGACUGGCUGGUGUGGGUGUGGGAGGAAUUGAACAAUCAUGCCCGGUGCCUACAAAGGUGAGUGUGGGGACGACGUGGACCCCAUGCCAUUCCUGGCUCCUGUGGAGAAAGAAAAGUUGGAGGCCAUGAGCAGGUCCUACGACAUUAAGAAGUCAUGCUGGGUCAGGGACGAUAAAGAAGGCUUCAUUGCCGGAGAGAUUCAAGCCGAGGACGAUGGCAAAGUCACAGUGAAGUCGGCCAAGAACGCGACACUCACAGUAAGGAAGGAUGAUAUACAACAAAUGAACCCACCAAAGUUUUAUCAGGCUAGCGACAUGGCUAAUCUGACCUUCCUGAAUGAAGCCAGUGUGUUAGAGAACCUUCGUUCACGCUACACACAUAUGAGAAUCUACACCUACUCCGGGCUCUUCUGUGUAACCGUGAACCCGUACAAAUGGCUUCCGAUCUACGGAGCAAAAGUUGCUCACAUGUAUAAGGGCAAGAAGCGCAGUGAAGUUCCUCCUCACCUUUUCUCCAUCUCUGAUAAUGCAUAUCAUGACAUGAUGAUGGAGCAAGAAAACCAGUCAUUGCUUAUCACCGGAGAAUCUGGGGCUGGCAAGACUGAGAACACCAAAAAGGUCAUCCAGUAUUUUGCCAACGUGGGUGGCACUGGAGGGAAGCUGGGCUCCCUGGAGGAUCAAAUCAUCCAGGCUAACCCGGUCUUGGAGGCUUUCGGCAAUGCCAAAACCAUUAGGAACAACAAUUCCUCUCGUUUUGGGAAAUUUAUCCGUAUUCACUUCGGACCAACAGCUAAGCUGGCUGGUGCUGACAUUGAGAGCUAUCUUCUGGAGAAAUCCCGGGUCAUUUCUCAGCAAGCAGCGGAACGCAGCUAUCACAUCUUUUACCAGCUUCUAUCUGGGAAGAAGCCAGAACUGAUGGGUGAUCUCCUUUUGGCCCCCGAUCCAAAGCAAUACGCUUGGAUCUGCCAGGGAGUCACAGUUGUGGAUAACAUGGACGAUGGUGAAGAACUGAUGCUGACUGAUAUGGCAUUCGAUGUUCUCGGUUUUACCGCUGAGGAGAAAAUGAGCAUCUACAAACUAACUGCCGGCAUAAUGCACUUCGGUAACAUGAAAUUCAAGCAAAAACUACGAGAGGAACAAGCUGACGUUGACACCACCGAGGUGGCUGACAAAGUCGCCCACCUCAUGGGAAUCAACUCCGGAGACUUGCAGAAAGGGAUCACCAGACCUCGUGUUAAAGUCGGGAACGAGUUUGUGACCAAAGGUCAGAACCAGGAGCAGUGCGUCUACUCCAUCGGUGCUUUGGCUAAAGCCAUCUACGACAGAAUGUUCAAGUGGAUGGUGUUCAGGAUUAAUAAAACAUUGGACACUAAGAUGCAGCGGCAGUUCUUCAUCGGUGUUCUAGACAUUGCUGGCUUUGAAAUCUUUGAGUUUAACAGCUUUGAGCAGCUGUGUAUCAACUUCACAAAUGAAAAGCUGCAACAGUUUUUCAACCACCACAUGUUCGUCCUGGAACAGGAAGAAUACAAGAAAGAGGGGAUAGACUGGGUUUUUAUAGAUUUCGGGCUUGACCUCCAGGCCUGUAUUGAUUUGCUGGAAAAGCCGAUGGGUAUUUUUUCCAUCCUUGAAGAGCAGUGUGUCUUCCCCAAGGCCACCGAUGCCACUUUCAAGGCUUCCUUGUAUGACAAUCAUCUGGGCAAGUCUUCAAACUUCCUGAAACCAAAAAGCACUAAGAAAGGUCCAGAAAUGCACUUUGAGCUAGUUCAUUACGCUGGAACUGUGGGAUACAAUAUUUCAGGCUGGUUGGAAAAGAAUAAGGACCCAUUGAAUGAGACGGUGGUUAGUCUGUACCAGAAGUCCUCCAUGUCACUCCUAGCGCAACUCUUUAAAGAAGAAGAAGCUUCUGCAGGAGCCAAGAAACAGAAAAAGGGGUUUUCCUUCCUGACUGUAUCUGCUUUCUACAGGGAGCAGCUGAGUAAACUGAUGAGUACGCUACGGAGCACGGCACCCCAUUUUGUCCGCUGCAUUGUACCCAAUGAAUUCAAACAAUCUGGUGUUUGCGAUGCAAAGUUAGUCCUGGAUCAGCUGGCUUGUAACGGCGUACUGGAGGGAAUCCGCAUUUGCAGAAAAGGCUUUCCUAAUAGACUGCAGUACCCUGAAUUUAAACAAAGGUAUUACAUCCUGAACCCCAACAUCAUCCCAAAGGGAUUUGUUGACAAUAAAAAGGCUUCUGAGUUGAUUUUAGGUUCAAUUGGUUUGGACAUAAUGGAGUACAAGAUCGGACACACUAAGGUAUUCUUCCGAGCCGGAGUCCUGGCUAAGCUUGAGGACAUGCGAGAUGAGCGGUUGGCCAAGAUCAUGACCAUGCUGCAGGCGCGCCUAUGGGGCAUGCUCAUGAGAAUUGAGUUUAAGAAGAUGCUUGAGAGAAGAAUUGCUCUCAUUGCCAUCCAGCGAAACGUGAAGAAAUUCCUUCAGCUCAGAUUCUGGGGCUGGUGGAAACUCUACACAACGGUUAAGCCUUUGCUCCAUGUAGCUCGCCAGGAGGAGGAAUUAAAGGCCAAGGAGGAAGAGCUGCGAGUAGCACUUGAAAAGACAGCGGAAAUGGUGGAGAAGAUCAAAGAGAUGGAUGAAAAGCUAGUCACUCUUUCCAAAGAAAAGAGCGAAUUGGCCUUAGCCCUAGCAUCUGAACAAGACACCAUAGCAGAUGCUGAGGAGCGCUGUAACCAGCUGAUGAGACAGAAGAUGAACAUGGAAGAACAGAUACAGGAUUUCAAAGAGAGGCUGGAGGAGGAGGAGAGUGCCGCUACAGCACUGAGUGCUUACAAGCGAAAACUGGAGGCUGAGCUGAUGGACCUGAAGAGGGAUCUGGAAAGCUUGGAAUCAACUCUGGCAAAGUCAGAGAAAGAAAAACAGGGUCUGGACAUCAAAGUGCGCACGCUGACAGCAGAUCUAAAUCAACGAGAUGACACAAUUGCUCGGUUUCAGAAAGAAAGAAAGGCCAUGGAGGAGCUGCAACAGGUUAGACUCAGCCACACUGCUCACAGUUCAACUGUUUUCUAUAAUAGCCGUAUUACUUACACGUCCGCAUGCACAUUCCGUCCUCAGAAAACUCUGGAUGACCUACAGGCAGAGGAAGAUAAAGUAAACCACCUCACCAAAACCAACAGCAAGCUUACCACUCAAGUGCACGAGUUGGAAGAUGACUGGGAGCAGGAGAAGAAAAUCCGUGGGGAGGUGGAAAAGGCCAGACGCAAAGCAGAAUCUGACUUAAAGAUGACCGUUGACAAUCUUAACGAGAUGGAAAGGGCUAAAAUUGACCUGGAGGAAGUUGUUAAAAAGAAAGACCUGGAAAUUAAUCACGUUAAUGCCAAACUUGAAGAUGAGCAAUCUCUCAGCUCUACUCUGCACAGGAAGCUCAAAGAGCACCAGGCCCGCAUUGAGGAGCUCGAAGAGGAACUGGAGGCAGAAAGGGCAAUCAGAGCUAAGGUUGAGAAGCAGAGAGCAGAUUUGGCCCGGGAUCUUGAGGAUCUUGGAGACCGAUUAGAAGAAGCAGGAGGUGCCACUGUCACACAGAUUGAGCAGAAUAAGAAGCGUGAAGCGGAACUCCUGAAGCUCCGCAGAGAGUUAGAGGAAGCGGCUCUCCAGGCUGAAGCCACUGCCUCAGCCCAGAGGAAGAAGCACACGGACGCCACGGCCGAGCUGGCCGAGCAGGUAGAGAAUCUGCAGAGAGUCCGCAUCAAGCUGGAGAAGGACAAGCAGGUCAUGAAGGCGGAGAUUGAUGACCUGAACAGUACUGUAGAGACAAUCCAGAAAGCUAAGCUGAACACGGAGGUCCAUGUCCGGAAGUUAGAGGACACCCUGGCAGAGACUAAUUCCAGACUGGUGGAGAUGGAGAAGUCACACAUGGAGGUCAACGCCACCAAAAUACGACUGUCAGCUGAGAAUAGCGAUCUGAGCCGUGAUCUGGGAGAGGCGCAAAGCAAACUGAACCAGAUCACACGGAUCAAGGCUUCACUGACCACCCAGAACGAUGAGCUGAAGAGACAAGUGGACGAAGAGUCAAAGGCUCGGAGUACAGCUGUCGUCGGACUGGCUAAUGCUCGCCACGACCUGGACCUCCUGAAGGAGCAGCUGGAUGAGGAGCAAGAGGUUAAGGUUGAAAUGCAGCGCCUGAUCUCCAAGCUCAACUCUGAAGUGACGACCUGGAGGACCAAGUACGAGACGGACGCCAUUCACAAAACCGAUGAGCUUGAGGAGACCAAGCGCAAGCUGACUGUUCGGCUUCAGGAGGCAGAGGAAGCCACAGAGGCAGCACAAGCACGUGCAGCUAGCCUGGAAAAGGUCAAGCAAAGGCUUCAGGGAGAAGUGGAGGAUCUGACUAUCGACCUAGAAAAGUCCAACGCUGCUGCAGCUGCACUUGAUAAGAAGCAGCGCACAUUUGACAAGAUGAUUGCGGAGUGGAGCCAGAAGUGCGAAGAGCUGCAACUCGAGCUGGAGAGUUCCCAAAAGGAAUGUCGCUCGUACAUGACAGAGGUCUACAAGCUCAAGACGGCCUAUGAGGAAUCACUGGACCACCUGGAAACCGUCAAGAAAGACAACAGGACUCUCUCUGAUGAGAUCCGAGAUCUCAUAGAGCAGCUGGGUGAAGGUGGGAAAAGUGUUCAUGAGCUGCAGAAAGCUAAGAAGAAGCUGGAGGUUGAGAGGGAUGAGCUACAGCUGGCUCUAGACGAGGCAGAAACCUCUCUCGAGGUUGAGGAAGGCAAGGUGGUCCGGGUCCAGCUGGAGUUGGCUCAGGUCAAAGCAGACAUUAAUCGGAGAAUUCAUGAGAAAGAAGAAGAGUUUGAAAUCACAAGGAAAAACCACCAGCGUGCAGUGGAGUCUCUGCAGGCGAACCUAGAGGCAGAGGCUAAAGGUCGUGCAGAGGCUUUGAGACUGAAGAAGAAAAUGGAGUCAGACCUAAACGAGAUGGAGAUCCAGCUCGAUCAUGCCAAUAAGAACAACAGUGAACUCGUCAAAACCCUCAAAAGACUGCAACAGCAGAUCAAAGAUAUGCAGGUGCAGAUGGAUGAAGAUGCACGAGUGCACGAUGAGCUGAGGGAGCAGUACAACCUGCAAGAGCGCCGACUCUGCUUAAUGCAGACGGAGAUCGAGGAAGUGCGCAGUGGCCUGGAGGCUUCUGAACGCUCCAGAAAACUCCUCGAGCAAGAACUGGUGGAUGUAACUGAGCACCACAAUGAGCUCAGUGUGCAGCACCAAGCUUUAAAUGUCAUGAAGCGUAAACUAGAAGCAGACGUUACUCGCCUAUCCAGCGAGAACGAAGAGCUCAUCAGCGAGUUUCGUGCUGCUGAUGAAAGAGCCAAGAAGGCCAUCACAGAUGCAACUCGCAUGGCUGAGGAACUGCGUCAGGAGCAAGACCAUUGUAUGCAUCUGGAGAAGAUAAAGAAGAACAACGAGCUGAUGAUCAAAGAUCUGCAGCUCAAAGUGGAAGAGGCAGAGGAGCUUGCACUGAAGGCUGGCAAACGGACCAUCCAAAAGCUGGAAGCUAAGGCCAAGGAACUGGAGAGUGAGCUGGAUGCAGAGCAGAAGCGUCACGUCGAGACGGUUAAAGCACUGCGUAAAAACGAGCGGCGCCUUAAAGAACUGACCUUCCAGUCAGAGGAAGAUCAGAAAACUAAUCAGCGCAUGCAGGAGCUUGUGGAGAAACUACAGAACAAACUGAAGUCUUACAAGAGGCAGAUCGAGGAGGCUGAAGAACAAGCUAAUACAAGCUUGUCCAAGUACAGGAAGACCAUGCAUGAGCUUGAUGAUGCUGAGGAAAGAGCUGGGAUGGCAGAGAUGGCGCUGAACAAGCUCCGCACUAGGAACCGCGCCUCAGUGAGCAAGGGCUUUACGAAUGUCGAGAUUGUACAGGUCACUAAAACAUCUAAGAAUUCCUCAGAGGAGUAAGAGGCUUAACCCAUCCAGGAGAGUAACGAACAAACCAACACUCAUUCCCUAUGUGAAGGAUUUCUAAUCAGAAGGUUAGGUUGAAGAGGACUGAAGAGAAUACGGUCUGAAAAAUGAACUGUAAAAGUGUUAGAGUCUAAUUGCAGUUCUGCUUGUUCUGCAUGUGUUAAGUAUAAAAAAAAAUCUGUGUUUGAACAAGUUGAACCUAAAUCACAGAAAAUGUCCUUCAGUAACGGAACGAUUGGGUGAAGCUGCACUCUCAUAUCAAUGAUGGAGAGUUCACCUAUGUCCGUCACUUUCCU